AUGACUGUAGAACUCAAAAGAAGGCAAACAAGUAUUGCUGAAUUUUUUGGUCCUAAAUCCAAGAAAUCUAAGAAACUUGAGAAUGAAGAAAGCGCCAAUACAAGUACCACUGACGCGUCGGAUGAAGUGUCUACAGUGAAGAGCAUCGAGCAAAUUCAGACUACUCAGAAGAAGGAGUCUGAAUCAGAAACACUGGAAGGAUGUGAGGAUUAUAUGACGGUAAGGGAACUCUUUCAAAAAUCACUGAGCUCCAUGUUGGCUCAGCUGUUGGCUUUAGAAAUUGAAACCAUAGAGCCUGGCUGGUUCUCACAUAUGAAAGAAGAAUUCAGAAAACCAUAUUUUGUUAAACUGAAGCAAUUCGUCAAUACAGAAAAGAAGAACCACACGGUAUUCCCACCUCCUCGAGCAGUAUAUUCCUGGACGAGGCUUACGCCGUUUGAUAAAGUGAAAGUGGUCAUCAUCGGACAAGAUCCUUAUCAUAAUUUCAGUCAAGCUCAUGGAUUGGCAUUCAGUGUAAAAUCACCGACACCUGCCCCGCCAUCCCUUAAGAAUAUAUACAAAGAACUGAAGAGCAAUUAUUCUGACUUUUCAAUUGACAAUAACUACGGAGAUCUGACGCCAUGGUCCAUGCAGGGUGUCCUCUUACUGAAUACAGCUUUGACGGUAAGAGCACACAAUGCCAACUCACAUUCAAAGAAAGGCUGGGAAGUUUUCACCAAGAGGGUUGUGGAAUUGCUGAUUAGUGACAGGAAAAAGAACAACCAUAGUUUAGUUUUUCUUCUUUGGGGAAACAACGCUAUAAAGCUAGUGGAAUCCCUGUUGAGUCCGCAAGAACUGGCACAGAACAAAAAUCUCAAAGUCUUCAAAUCGGUGCAUCCAUCACCGUUGAGUGCCAGUAGAGGCUUUUUUGGAAGUAAUCAUUUCAAGCAGACGAACGAUUGGCUGUAUCACGAGAGACACGAAAAGAUGAUAGAUUGGAGUGUUGUACCAGGGUCACAUCUCAAAGAAGUGUUUGAAGCCAAUACUAAGGUCUCUUAG